AGGAGAGAAGCGCACGCGCACAUACACAGACACAGACUCACGCUCACCGCCCGGUGUGUGUGUGUGAGCGAGAGCUCUUUGUGCAUUUACGAGAAUAAAUACUAAUGUGUUUGGUUCUCUAAACACACAGCGAACGAUGUGAACAUAUAUAUUUAAAAAAUGCGCAUUAAAAAGUCGCACUUCUCUCCGCAAGCUUUUCAGCAAAAACGGAAACACAGAGAGGACCAAUGAGCGGCCUCGUUUUUAGUAUGCGCCUACAUAAGCGCCGCCGAUUGGCUAAUCCGUAUCACGUUCCCGUGGCUCACUAAAACUCUCGGUUACUGCUUUAAAGAGGUCGGUGUUUGCGAAUGUGCUCGCAAUGGGCAAAGGGAUAAAUCCAGUUCUGGAUGCUAAACAGCACGUGUGUGCAAGAAGAGACAAGAGCAAUCUGGAAAGCAGAUUUAUAAAUGUUAUUAAAGGAUAUGGAGUGUUUGCCAGCUCGUGGAUUGAGGAGGGAAGUUUUAUAGUGGAGUACAGAGGAGUUCUGCGAGAGGCAGGCGAAUGCAGCCCUGAUGCUUAUUCAUACUACUUUAUAUAUAACAACACACGCUAUUGUAUCGAUGCUUCAGUGGAUGACGGAUCUCUCGGGCGGCUUGUUAAUGAUGAUAGUAAUCCCAACGCGAAGGUGAAGGUCAUCUCUAUCAGCCGCAUCCCGCAUUUGUGUUUAUUUGCACUGCGGGACAUUCAGUCAGGGGAGGAGAUCACUUACGACUAUGGGGGUUAUGACCUGCCCUGGCGCAGAGGCACGUGGCUGUGUAUGGAGAACCCUUCUCAGUUGAAACUGAAAGAGGAGCGUGAGGAGCCGCCAUCAGAAUCAGACACUACAGAACAAACAAUAGGUCAGCAAGAGCAGGACGCAUGUACGGAGGGAACAACGCCGUCACAGACCAUGAACGAGAAGGAGUGUGAAGAAGAAAUGCCGAUGCGAGCUGAUAAAGCUACUCAGACAACAGAAGAAAAAAUCUGUGAAAUUCAACUGCUCCAGUUAACUCCAGUAACUCAGCAGAUACCGUUUAAGGAGGACAAGAGGAUCAGUGAAGACCCUGCUACCUCUCAACAACUCAUGAGUGAUGUACAGCUGACCUCUAGUAAUGAAGAAGCAGCUGAAUCUCAGCUAACAAAUCAGAUGACCGAUGAGGUGGGACAGAUGGAGUGUAAUGAAGAGGCAGAACAGAUCUUGGAACAGCAACAGUGUAGAAUGGAAGCUGAACCUUGUGUGGAAGAACCGUCUCGUCCAGUGUCGGCUGCACAGAGCACGUAUAAAGAAGAGCAGCCCACGUGUCAGGAUGAACCAUGUGAAAUGCAGCUAGAAGAACAGAAGCAGGCUGGUGAAGAGACACAGCAGCAGUGUAAUACUGAUUCCUCUCAGAUUCAGAAUGCUACACAGUCAUCCGAAGCUGAUCAAGAUUCAUACCUUAGCAACGAGGACAGUAAUGAUGAAAUGGUCUCAUCAGAUGAAGAAUUCCUACCUGACUCUGACACGGACUCGGAAGAUGAUUCUGAUGUAGAGAAGCCUAAAAAGAAGGCUAAAACUUCACUCGCCUCGAAGGAAAUAGACCAAGAGGCAACGCCACUGAUUAAGAAUCAUUUUGUCACUCAGGCUACAAAGCUUAACUUCUGUUUUGUUUGUGGAAAGGCUUGCACAAAAAUAGCAAGGCAUUUAAAAUUACACAGAAAAGACAACAUUGAGAUCGCAACUGCUUUUAAGCUACGGAAGAAAUCAAAACAGAGGUCACACAUCCUUGAAGUACUAAGGAACAGAGGGAAUUACCAGCAUAACAAAUUGGUUCUUAUUAACGGCACCGGACUGAUAAAAUUGAGACGAAAGCCAAAAGAUGAUAUAGACACACAGAAGUUUGAAUACUGCAUGUACUGUAAAGGGCUCUAUAUGCGUAAAGAACUUUGGAAGCAUGCGAGACGCUGCACAUCUAACCCUGAAAGAGACACGCAGAAGACUUCAAGAUCUGUCUUGGGUUUGGCAGCUUUAUCCGAAUGCCCGCAUUUAAAACACAUUUCAGAAGACGUGAAGAAAAUGCUUUGUGAUUUGCAUCAGGAUGAAGUUGCACAGACCAUCCGGAAUGACGAGUACAUCUUGAAACUGGCACAAGAUUUCUUCGACAAGAAGGGCAAUAGCAAAGAAAGACACGCAUUUGUUAGACAAACCGUUAGAUGCAUUGGAAAGUUUUUGCUCCUUUUGCGCAACAGAUUUGCGAUAAGGAACCUAGCAGAGGCUAUAAAACCCUCCAGCUUUUCACUGGUUACUGAAGCAGUCAAAGAAAUUGCUGAAUUUAAUGAGGAAAAAAAAUGCUUCACAAUACCAAGCCUUGCACGCAGAAUUGGAUUGGCUUUGAGGAAAUACUGCGUCUUGAGUGCACAGAAAGCAUUUGUAAUUGGAGACAAAAUACUAAUCCAGGCAACGAGCACAUUUAUGGAGCUUUUUAAUAAAGCACAAUCUCAGUUCGCUUUAGGCGAACAAAGACACUUGGGCGUACAGUCCAAGUCUUUUUUACUGCCAUUUGUCGAUGAUGUGAGAAUAUUUCACUGCUAUCUGGAAAAGGCUGCACAGUGUGCAACGAAGGAACUGAGGGAAACCCCAUCUGCUCAGAGUUAUGCUGACCUUUGUAAAGUGACCCUGGCACAAAUCCUGAUGUUUAAUCGCAGACAUGGAGAAGUCUCGCAGAUGACCAUCAAAAGCUUCCAGGAGAGGGAUCUUUUGCAGGCUCCUGAAAGCUCUGAGGCACUAACAGAAUUGGAAAAGGUGUUUUGUGAAGACUACUGCAAAAUCUUGGUUAGACAGAAAAUGGGCGCAUUCGUACCGAUCAUUUUAACUCCAGACAUGGUCAACGCGCUUAUGCUCCUGACUGAAAAGAGAGACCAAUGCAGUGUCUUCAAAAGCAACAUCUAUGUGUUUGGUCAACCCAGAAGUAACAGGUGCUACAGAGGAGAAAAUGCCCUGCAGAUCUGCGCCAAUGAGUGUGGCGCGAUGGAUCCAGAUAGGCUGACAUCCACCAAGUUCAGCAGACACAUUUCUACACUCUGCCAAGUCCUCACCUUGAAGAACCAUGAGCUAAAGAAGCUGGCCAAGUUCAUCGGCCAUGAUAUAAGCCUGCGUAAAGAAUACUACAGGCAAACUGAGGCCAUGCCUCGCUUGGCCAAAAUCUGCAAACUUAUUUUGGCCAUCGAGAAGGGAAGUGCAGCUGAGGUGCUUGGACAGUCUCUAGAUGACAUUGCAUUACCAGUUGUGAUCAGCGAGAGUGACAGUGAAGAUGAAUAUUUCGAGGAAGACGAUGCAUUUCUCCAAGAUCAGGAGGCAAGACGUGAACUUGCAUUACAACUGUUAUCUAAGAAAAUGAAGACCAUCCCUAAAACCCCUAAGAAAAUUUGUAAUGUACCUGCUCCAAAACACAAAAAACAGGAAAAUGAAUCUACAUCUAAAGAACAGUCAAAUGCAUCUACAGAUAAGGAACAGGAAAAUGAAUCUACAGAUAAGGAACAGGAUACAACUGAAGAGCCUAAAGCAGGAAAACCUGCUCAGCAGCAGGCUGAGCAGCAACUCAAUGUACUCAUGAAAAAAGUACUGUGGACAAGAGAAGAGAAGAUUGCAAUCAUGAAGCAUUUCAAAAAACACAUUUACUAUGGAAGACUGGCUACGAUAAAGGAAUGUCGACGCUGCCAAAUGAUGGAGCAACCUGUACUGAAUGGUAGAACUAUACAGAAAAUCAGAGACUUUGUUAGAAAUGCUGGGAUUUCUUUCAUGAGGAAGAUGACAGCUAAACAUUAUGUGAAGAAGAACAUUGCCUUACCUCCCCAACCAGCAAAUCCAAACAGCACAGGUGUUCAAUCCCCUCAAUCAGCAAAUACUUCAACAUUUAGUGUACUAUCAUCUCAAACAGCACACCCUACCAGCUCUAGUGUCAUACCGUCUCCAAAAACUAACUUCAAACCUGUUAUAGAUUUAUCUCAAACAGCAAAUGGUACUACUACAACACUACCCCCUCAAGCACCAAUCUUUACAACCUCUAAUGUAGUACAUCCUCAAACCACCAAACUCAUGUACAUUAAAGUACAAGCCCAGCAUUCAGCAAACCACACCAUUCCUAGCUUAACACUUCCAUCUCAAGCAGCAAAUCCAAGCAUAAUACCUGCAGGUAUAAUACUGCCUCAAACAGUAAACCCAAGCAUCUCCAGAGCUGAUAUACUAACGAUACCUCAAGUAGCAGACUAGGCCAACUCCAGCAUCGUAAUACCACAAGUACCAAAACACACAGAUUCUAGUGUACUACCUUCUCAGGCAGCGCCCCUAAUAUGUGCAGGUGUACUAGUCCCUCAAGAAGCAAACCCAGCAAGUUCUACUACAGCACCUCCUCAAGUAGCAAUUCUAAAAUGUACAAGUGUACCAUCCCCCCAAGGUGCAGAUACAGAUCAAUCAACACCUCCAGCACAAGCAGCAAAUCUGUCUAACUCUAGCACUUGAACUUCUCAAACAGCAACUCUAUCAUACCACCCCUAAAAACGCUUUUAUCUAAUUCUAAUGUACGACAACAUUAAGCAGCAAACUCAAGAAGCUAAAGUGGCUAACUUCAUUAACAGCAUGCAAAGCCACCAAUACCCACAUGUUCAAGGAUACUUUUCCAGACAGCUCAUAUCUGCAAGAACAUUACAUUAACCAAUAAAUCCAAACUUUGAUAGCUAAAAAAACAAGACCACCCCCUCAAAUAGCACACGCACAACUGUGCAAAUGAUUUAUCCCUUCAAUCCAGCAAAUUCAACCACUUCUAAUGAACUAACUCGGUGAGCAACUUGUCCAAUCAGCUAUAAUGUAUUCCUUCCUCACACACAAAAAAAAUUUAAAUAUGAAUGUAUGCUAUGUACUCAAGGGACUUGUAUAGAAUACUAACCAGGAGCAGGAAAAGUUAUCCAACUCUAGCUGUUUACCUUCUCCAACAACAACUUUAAGCACUUCAGUCAAACUACCUCAAACAGCAUAUCUAACCAAUUCUAUUGUAGUACCAGCCAAACCCAAGUAUUUCAGGUUCAACAGCUAGACAUCUAAACCAGCUAUCAACAGCUAAAACAUACCAUCAACAUUUCAAACACCACUCAGCCACUCCCAGAGAACACAGGUUCUAGGCUUGGGCAGCAAGCCUACCAUGUGCAAGUGUACCAUCCACUCAAGGGGCAGGUCUAAUUAAGUCCAGCAUACUAACCCCACAAGCAUCAAAAAUAACCAACUAUAUAGUUUUACCUUCUCAAACAGCAACUCGCCACUUCAAUCACACCACUUCCCUCAACAAACUCAGCUAGAUCAAGUGUAUUAAAACCUUUACUUUGAGCAUUGUAUUAGUAAUUCUAUAUAGUGCUUAUUGUUUAUCAAAACUGAUUUGAUGGAAGAUGUUUUUCCCUUUAUGUAUCAUGUGGCAAUUCAUGGGGCUGUUACAAAACUGUAUAAUAAAACUUGCUGUAAAUAUCAAA